UCCUCACGGUUCACAUCGAAGAUGGCGGCAGGCUUCGACCUGCUGGUGGAGGAUUCUCUAAUUAAAAGAGUGGACAAGAAAGUUUUCGGCGCGAUCGCAGCGUGUGCCAGGACCGAGCGCAAAACCUUUUAUUGCGUCAACUCCGAGGGAAGAGUACGGGCAGGGGUAAAGAACGAUGCUAACUUCGGGAUAGUAGGGAAUGCAACUAGCUAACGUUAACAUUUGUGAGCAAAGAAGCUACUGGCUACGAGGCUUGUGUUUCUAGCAGGUAAUCUCGCGGUGUGUGAACCUGCGCUCCCGGUUCAACACAUUUCAUUCACCACAAGCGUGAAAACGAGCAGCGCGCUCGGUGGAGUCUGCUUUCCACCGUGACCCGCGCUCCUCUCACUCCUCACACGUCUGUUUCCUACUUCGUAGCCCCGUACAGGAGGGGAGAAAAAGGGGGGAACGGUUUCCCGGCUGUUUUAGCUGUGGAUGCGAAUUAAAACACGGAUUAGACCAGGCGCUUCGCUCCGGACUUGAGCGGGGCACCGUGUUAACGCGAUCCGGUGCCUCCGGAUGCUAUGGUAACUACUUUGCCUGGCCACGAAGUCAAGCUCGGGACGUCAACAGUGCAAACUUUGGACGGGGGCGAUGCGAUGGAUCCGCGUUCAGAAAGCACGCCAGCGUCGAGCGGCUCGGCGAGCGAGCCUGCCGCUUCAGCUCCCGUUAACGUGACCGCGCCGGUGGUGAACAACGGGCCCGGCGUAGUGAAAGGACUCGCGAGCGCGCCUUCGACCUCGGGCACGGUGAUCCAGACGUCUUUCGUGAGCGCGCCUGGCGGAACCGCCACCACCGCCAUCAUCAGGCCACCUAUGCAACCCGCGACUUUAACCAUUAACGGGAGUAACAGUGGCGCCGGCUGCGUGCUGACAGCUGCGACCGGCGUCGCCACCACGGCCAACGCGCCGCUCCCGAACGCCCAGCCUCCUGUCAGCGUGAGCGCGAACCCGGCGGUGUCAAUCAAAGCCGAGUCGCCGCAGACCGUGAUCCAGAGCGCGGCCCAUACCGGAUCUCCGCAGGUCUCCCCCGGGGCAGCUAAAGGCGCUGGGCUGAUGCAUGCGACGACGGCGGUGAGAGGCGGAGCCCCGGUGACAGGAGGCGGGGCUCCGGUGGCAUCAGCCGCGGCGGGGUGCGUGAGGACCAUCGUGCCGCAACAGGUGCUCGCUCCCCGCCUCCCACAGAGUACCCCGGGCCAGCCGAGCAUCCACAACAUCCAACUUCCUCCAGGUAUGGUGUUGGUGCGAAGUGAAGCUGGCCAGUUGCUCAUGAUCCCUCAGCAAGUGCUGGCUCACAUGCAAGCCGCACGUGCGGCUACUCCCGCCAGCACUGCGCCCGGACAGGUUCCCUCCACACAGACCCCUGGUGCUCCCAUCAUGGCCAGACCGGUGACUCCCACCAUCAUCAAGCAGGGCUCACCUACAACCAGCAGCACCCCUGCUCCCACACUGCAGAGGCCACCCCUGCAGCCGACAUCGGUGGGCUCUGUGUUGGCGGUGCAGCCGGGCACCGCCCAGAGGAUGGUAACUCCCACUACGGGGACCAAUGUCACCUUGGCAACGGAGACCAUGGAAAAUGUGAAGAAGUGUAAGAACUUCCUGUCUACGCUGAUCAAGCUGGCCACCAGUGCGAAGCAGUCAUCGCAAACGGCUGCCAACGUCAAAGAGUUGGUUAAGAACUUGCUGGAAGGGACGAUUGAAGCGGAGGACUUCACCAGCAGGUUAUACAAGGAGCUUAACUCUUCACCCCAGCCUUAUCUCGUGCCUUUUUUAAAGAGGAGUCUUCCCACACUGAGAAAACUCACCCCAGACUCCCUGGCCUUCAUCCAGCAGAGCCAAGGCCUACAGCCAAACAAACCUACAGCCAGUGUGGUGCUGACCAACACUACGACAGCUAAUGCUGCCAUCGUUUCUCCUGCAACUCCUGCUGCAUCCGUACCUUCUGCAACUCCUUCAGUUUCCGUGGGCACCGCAACAAGCGUUGCAUCCGCUGCAGCCGCCACGGCCCCGCGCACGCUCGCCCAGCCCGCUCUCGCCACCGCCAGCCAGCCCGCCUCAAUGGUGUUGCAGUCUCAGCAGCAGGGUGCGAUCGUGAAGCCCCCCCAGGUGACUCUGGCUGCUCCAAUGGUAACGCUCAGGGGUCAGCCACACAGCCGCAUCGUAGUGGGGCAACCUCAAGUGCAGGUCAAACAGAUCAACACAGUGGCUAUGAAGCCUGGGAUGGUGAGUGGAGUGAAGGUCUCUCCCAGCCCUGUGGCUCUAAACGCCGCUCAGAGGAACAAGCUGAAGGAUGGUGGGGCGUUUAAGGACGAUGACGAUAUCAAUGACGUAGCCUCCAUGGCCGGCGUGAAUCUAUCGGAGGAGAGCGCACGAAUCCUGGCCACCAACUCGGACUUAGUAGGGGCCGUGACUCGCUCUUGCAAGGAUGAAGCCUUUCUGUUCUCAGUUGCACUGCAGCGCAGGAUGCUGGACAUCGGUAAACGGUUUGGAGUGACUGAAAUGGGCCCCGAAGUGGUGAACCUGGUGUCUCACGCCACUCAGCAGAGACUGCAAAACCUUUUAGAGAAAGUCACCGUCAUUGCACAGCAAAAGAACAUGAACUAUAAGGAGGACGCACGGUUCGAGCAGGUGACUGAUGUUCGCGCACAGCUGAAGUAUUUCGAACAGCUGGACCAGCUGGAAAAGCAGAGAAAGGAAGAGCAGGAGAGGGAAAUUCUAAUGAAGGCGGCCAAGUCUCGGUCUCGGCAGGAGGAUCCGGAGCAGUUGCGGUUGAAACAAAAGGCCAAAGAGAUGCAGCAACAGGAGCUCGCGCAGAUAAGACAGAGAGAUGCAAACUUGACAGCGCUGGCUGCUAUCGGGCCGAGAAAAAAGCGGAAACUUGACUCACCUGCUCUCGGCACUGAUGCAGAGGGUUCCGGGUCUUCAUCGAGCUCGUCUGCAGGUUUAAGUGGCGGCGCAUCGCGGCAAUUCACCCGCCACCGCAUCACGCGUGUGAACCUCAGGGAUCUGCUUUUCUGCUUAGAGAACGAGAGAGAAAGCAGUCGCUCGCAGCUGCUCUACCGGGCCCUGCUCAAAUAGCAGCUCGAUUAGAGAGCAGCGCUCACACGAACCGCUGAUUACGGAGCAGCACAAUUACUGUGCGGCGCUCAGGUCGCAGCUGCAUUUCAGAGCAGUGCUCGAAUAGAAGGCGGAGUAAUGAGCACUCGAGAGCAGUCUGAUUUACAGAGCUGCUGAGUUCAGACAGCAGCGGCUCUGUCGAGUCGACAGGCUGCGUUCAGACAGCAGCGUCUCUGAUGGUUGCAGCUCCACCGGAUGCUGCUUUAUUAACGAAUCCUCUACUGUGCACAGCUCGAGCAGCGGAACGCGUAUGCAGCGCCGCUCAAAUAGCAACCUGUCUCUACUGCUCCGUCUCGCGUCCGGCCAUCGUCUUUUCUCUCCUUUCCUGUGUGUCAUCUUAUCUUCGUUCUUCUUUCUCAUGCCAUCUUUGUCUUUGUUUCACUCGUUUCCUCUACACUCUAUUCUAACUUAGUCAUUCAAACGCCCACUCUCUCUCUCUCUCUCUCUCUCUCUCUCUCUCUCUCUCUCUCUCACACACUCCUGUUUCACCCCUUUGUUUCCCGGCCCACUCUGUUUCAUGUUGGUUUUAGCUUCCCUGUGCUCUUGAUUUUAAUCUAAUGAAAAUGUGUCUAAAGAAAUUUGCAGUUAUAUAUCCAAUGUUUUUUUUUCUUAGAGGGUGGCUUUGUAAUGCGCAAAUUUGCCGAUGUUUAAAAAAAAAAGAAAAAGAAAAAAAAAAGAAA